AGUAGAUUAAUAGAUAUUUGAUUAAAUAAUAAGUCACCCAGAUUUAUUUAGAUUAUCAUUAUGUAUUGGCCAGAUUCAUUUUGAUUUCAGUUUUAUUUACAAAUUUCAAGGAUUAAAUGUAGAUUUGGAUACAACCAAAUGCUGUCGUUAGAUAGCUUUGGGAGCAUAUACAUGCAGAGAUGCUCAAGAACAUAUCCAAAGGCAAAUACUGUGAAAAAGUCACCAUUUUCUUAGAACUUAUUGUGUCUAUCUGCUGGUAUAGAAACCUCACUAAUGGCUGUAUUUGCCAUUCUGUAUCUGAUAUGGAUGGAGUAUUUAUUACUCCGUAGUUAGUUAAAAGUUAUUUGUAAAAUGAGAAGAACCAAAGAUGAUGCAAAGAGAACUUUUGAUAGUUUUUUAUGUACUUUUAAAUAGUGUAGUUCAUAAUUUUUAUGUUAAUUUAUAAUUAAAAUGAUUUUAAAAAUGAUGGGGUUUUGUAUAUUGUUGGAAGGGUGGCAUCCAAUAUGGGGCGAAUGGAGUACGUUUUUUUAAGAGCAUGGGCAGCGGCAAAGAUUUACAUUGCCACGCCCUGCCAUUCGUGGAAACUAAAGCAAUACAACGCGGGAGAGGCGAAAAUUGGAUCGCGUGUGAUGCCGCUCGCCACUCCGAAUAUCGUGGCGAGUGCGAGGCAAGAUAGAAACAGCGGAAAGGGGAUCUAGGAAAAUCAUGGGUCACUCCUCUGGUCACUUCUCUUCUCUCUUCCCUGGGAAAUCAUCUGUUGCACCAUCGUCGUCAAUCAUUGGUGCUCUUUCGCCACCAUGCCGGCCACCAUCUUCGACGCUCAGGUACCCUCUGCCACUCCAUCUCUUGUUUAAUCGCUCUGAAAAUCACCCAUCUUUGUACCUCGAUCUCAUCGCCAGUAAUCUUGAUUGUUUGAUGUUGGGCCUCCAUCUUUUUUCUUCUUCACUCUUCAAUUUGAUAUGGAAAUUGAUAUACUCUAUGUUUACUUGCCACUGGAGGGUAUACCACUCCAAUGCUAUGCUACUGUAUGACUAGAUUAACUUUGAUUGGUUGAACAGUCAGCGUGUGACAUUUCAGAAUAUGACUUGCCAUUGUUCAUGCUCUAAAUAAGACUAUUUUUUUGAG